CUCCGCAAAAUCACUUGAACACGCGAGCUGUUUCUCCGGCAAUCCUCCGUCCGAGAUCUGCUCAUCGGGCUGUGUGGUUCUCGGCUUCUCUUCGGCGCCAGUCUGACUUAUCGGUUUCUCCUGUAUUUCUCCGAGAUGCCCCGAUAUCAGACAUCAUCCUCACCGAUAUGUAUCUCCUUCUUAAAUCCGGCUAUAUCUUUUCUCAAAUUCCAGAUGCGCGCGUCUUUUGCUUUGAAAUACUGUCACAAUGUCUGUUACCACACAAUUGGCCCCCCAGCUGGCUAAACCCAGCACCAGCACCAACACCAACUCCACCACCCCAGCAUUUAAACCAAGCUUUGCCAUUUCAAAACAACAACCUGAUCUCAAGUCUCCUGCAUUCACCAGAUGGAGGCCAACAUACCACCUCAUAGCUCCCCACAGCUGGCUGAACGACCCCUGCGGUCCAGGCUACGACCCAUCCACAGGCAAAUACCAUCUCGCCUUCCAAUGGAACCCCAAAGACAACGACUGGGGCGACAUAUCCUGGGGCCGCGCAACAUCACACGAUCUCAUCUCCUGGGAGGUUGACGCGGAUCCAUGCCUCGUCCCGCAUGCCCCCUAUGACUCCAAGGGCAUAUUCACGGGCUGCUUCCAGCCAACGAACAUAAACGGACAGGCUGAUGGCACGCUUAUGUACAUCUACACGUCUGCUAGCAAGCUGCCUAUCCAUUAUACUCUCCCUUAUACACCCGGGUGCGAAACACUGAGUGUUGCGCUCUCCCGCGACGCUGGACGUACCUGGGAAAGACAUCCACAUAACCCUAUCCUGGACAGACCUCCACCAGAUAUACAGGUAACGGGCUGGCGAGACCCGUAUCUAUUCUCCUGGUCCUCUGCCCCGGCGGCGGUCAGGACGCGCGCACAGGAUGCGGCUGCCUCGGAGGAUAUCAUGUACGGUUUCAUCUCAGGCGGGAUAGUGGGAAAGACCCCGACGAUAUUCGUGUACGCUGUUCCGCGAAACGAGCUGGGCAAAUGGACGUAUAUUGGCAGCUUGCUAGAUGUUGGACUCAACAUGGCGCCGUCACGAUGGACUGGUGAUUUCGGGGUGAACUGGGAGGUUACGAAUCUGGUGACGUUGAGAGACGACGAGGGCGUUUCGCGGGAUUUCCUUAUUAUGGGUGUUGAGGGAUGUAUUCCAGAGAGCAAUAAUAGCAAGGACAGAGACAGAAAAGCUGUUGCGAGAGACCGCAGGAUCCAAAGGUCCCAGUUGUGGAUGUGCAUUAAGAACAGCGCUGACCGGUCGUCUUCUGCGUUAAUGCAGUAUGCCUACGGUGGGAUAUUCGAUAGCGGACUCUUCUAUGCCGCAAACUCGUUCUGGGACCCUGUUGCACAGCAGCAGGUGUUGUUUGGCUGGAUCACGGAGGAGGAUCUGCCGGACGAUAUUCGCAAAGAGCAGGGGUGGAGUGGGCUGAUUUCGCUGCCGAGGGUUAUGAAGCUGCAGACCAUGCACCGAGUGAAGAGAGCGCGUAUAACUGAUUUGAAGGAUAUUACUUCGAUUGAGGUGACGCCAGAUGAUCGUGGUUCGUAUACAGUGCGGACGUUGGGGGUUACUCCUGAUCCGCGGGGUAUGAAGUUGCGUGAGGGCGCGAAGGAGAGUAAACUUUGUGAUUUGGUGUUGGAAGAUAAAAAUGGGGAGUAUAUGAAUGAUCAUCUUGAGCUUAACACAGCUCGAUGGGAAAUCGAUGCUGAGAUUUCAGUUGGCAAGACUUGCACGAGGGUUGGGCUGGAGAUUCACCACGAAAACUACAAAACUGUUCUAUUCUGGGAUCCAGAAUCCGAGACAUUCCAAAUCCACCGGCCGGACAUCCAGAAUACGCACAGGGGAAUCAACCAUGAUCCUGAAACCAGCCCUCAUACUUUAUUCACAUAUAUCUCGAGUCAGGGAACUAAUGACGAAGAGGUGGAAGAAACGCUGCGUAUCCGAGCAUUGUUUGAUGCAAGCGUGCUCGAGGUCUUUGUGAAUGAACGAACAGCCAUAUCAACUCGGAUAUACAAUGCUAGCGAGACCAACUGUCCUGCUAGCACUAGGAUACGCUUCUUUGCAGAAUCCGCUCUCAGUGAAGGGAAUGAUACUGUGGCAAAACUUCUUCACGCUACGGCAUGGGAUGGACUGGGGGUAGAGGCUAGACAGCCAUAGUCCUCCUUAGAUACAUACUAGACGAUUGCUAUAUAUGUACACUAUAAGACGGACCUAAUGCCGGAAACAGACGUGGCGUUAUUCAAAAGGCCAGUUAAUAUAGAGUUAAUGAUAUGUCGGACCGACAUCGUAGAUAGUCUGCAUUUGCCCAGCUAUUUCGAUUCAAAUAAUCUCAUUUCCCCGAUAUCUCCCCGCUGUGUACCUGUUAACUGCCGAGGAAAGCGCCUCUUCAUGUGCUUAUACUGUGAUCAGACAACAGUCUAG